AUGCGUCCGAAGGCUCAUACCGGAGUGGAAUCUGGAACCUGUAACGUGUGCUCCACUCCUUGUUCAUCUUGUAUGCAUCGGAAGCAAGCCUCUAUGGGAUCGAAGGGUGAUGAAUAUUCCGACGAAACUUGCCAUGUAACUGAAAUAAGCCAGAAUUCCGUUAACAGGGAGGAUUCCCUAGUCUUUAAAGGUCGAAAAUCCAACAUGUUGCAGCAUACCACCAGUGAGGCAAGUUAUGUUCCCAGUGUUGAUUCCAGUAGAGAUUCAUUGUCUGAAAGUGCUGAAAUCAAAGCUAAUGUAAGGACAUCAGUUAAGCUUGAGGCUUGCCCAAUUUUGAAGCAUGUUGGAACUGUUUCUGAGGGUCCUCUUUCUCCUAAGCCAGAGUUUGUUGCAUAUAAGCGAAAUGGGUCAAGUAAGCCUGUUGAUUCUAAAGCUGUAGAAGGCCAUGGUGACAACAUAUCUUGUGUGUCAGGGGCUAAUGUGAGCAGUCUCCAAGAUGCUGGCAGAAAGGUGCCCUUCAAGAAUAACAGUCUUUUGCCCAAUACAAAGGUUGGAAACUUGAAGGGGGAUCCAAUCAGUCGAGUUUGUGGAGAAGCUUCUGCACCUGAUAUUCUUCUUGGUGGUAAUACAGCUAUGCGCAAUGGUGCAGAUAACAAUCCACAAAGUAGAAUUGUAACUCAGGGGGAUGCAUCUGAAGUUUCAAGUAAACUCGGUGAAGAGAUCAAAGAAGAAAUUGAUAAUGAUAGUGGACGUCAGCCAAUAGGUCUCAAUUGUUCUACCAGGGUUGGGCAAGAUCAUAAGGUGGAUGAGUCAGUUGAGUUACCGAAUGUUCAGGAGUCACCCGCGGAAUCUGCAUCUGCCAGUGAGAGUGAAGACUCAGAAAUUGGGGAACAAGACGUAAAAGUAUGCGAUAUUUGUGGGGAUGCAGGUCAGGAGGAAAAACUUGCAAUUUGUAGUAGGUGCAGUGACGGUGCGGAGCACACUUAUUGCAUGAAAGAAAUGCUCCUAGAAGUUCCUGAUGGCGAUUGGCUAUGUGAAGAGUGCAACCUAGCUUUAGAACUCGAAAAACAGAAGCAAGAUUCAGAGGGAAAAAAAGUAGGCAAAGGAACUUCGCAAAGCUUCAAGAAGAGGCCUUCUGAAAUGGUAGAGGUGACCUCAAGUUCAAAAAGGCAGGCUAUUGACAUGGGUUCAGGAUCACCCAAACAAUCCAGCCCUAUGGGAGUUGCUACACUGCAUCGUAACAGUUCUUCCAGGAGUUUGGAUAAGGAGAAAGUAAAGCCAAGCCAUCAAACAUAUUCUGGCAAUCACUCUGUUAAUGAUCCUGAAAGCACUCGGUUUCCUAAUACUGCUCCACGACUUCAAAGUCCCAAGGGUAGCUUACUCAAGUCCAAUUCCUUCGGCACUAUUAGUUCCAAGCCAAAAGUGAAGCUUGUUGAUGAAGUAUCACAAAAGCACAAGACAUGCAGAGAGAGUUCCUUGCCAGAUAGUAAGGAUGGAUCUGGCAGAAUGAUAAGCAAAUCUAUGUCAUUCAAACAUACAGGUUCUGGCCGUACGGAGUCCAAAGUGAAAAUGCUCUCAUCAAAAACUGCACAUGGUCAAGAUGUUAAAGGGUUAAGACAAGCACGAGAUCAUAAUGCAUUUGAAAGAAGACAUUUGCCUAAGUUGGACCGCCCUUCCGGUGCUAUGGUGGCGUCAAGUUCGAAAGUCACCACACCAAAGCUUGAGCAAAAGCUUACUCCUCGUAGUGACAGUCUUCCAUUAUCAUCAGCAGCCAACAGUAGAGAGUUUAAGGGUGCUACAACUGAUGGAAAAUUCAGUAGCUUACCUAGAUCAAGUGCUGGCAUUGCCCGGAAAGGUGGAGAUGCUCCUGUUACAUCUGUUCGGGCCUCUUCUGUUCAUGGAAUUUCCAUUGAAAGGAAGUUAAAUCAAGUUAGCCCUAAGGAUGAACCCUCACCAAGUACUUCUUGGAGUGCGGAGAAAUCUUUGAAUGCUGUUGAUGACAAUUCACAUGAUGGCCUGCUUCGCUCACGGGAAUCAUCAAGCCAUAGUGAGAAAACUAGAGAUAGCUCUGGUCGCAUGAGACCUGCUGCUGCAACACCAAAAGAGACAGGUACUUGUCAAAAGUGUAAGGAAGCUGGUCAUUCUGUGGAAAAUUGCACAUCCAGUAGUCCUCGUGCUCCUGUCAGUGAUACACCAGCUACAAAAAGUAUUGGUGAUGAGACUAAUAGAGACAGUAAAUUAAAAGCAGCAAUUGAGGCUGCUAUGCUUAAAAGGCCUGGAAUAUAUAGAAAGAAGCAUGAAAGUGAUCAAUCUGACGGAUUGUCCUCAUCAAAUGUGGAUAUGAACUAUCAUAUGGGUCCUAAGGCAAAAUUUUCAGGGUCAAAUAAGACAAAACUAGCCACCUUAGAUGAACGAUCGCAUGAAGAGAAACCCACUCUUGGGCCUUGGUCCAUGGACUUCACAAAGCAAGCUAAUUAUGGAAGUGCCAGGCUAUCUAAUACACUCUCUGUUAGUGUUGCUUUCCCUAGAGUGGAUUCAGAUUUGGCCAACUCUUCCACUGGGAGAUCCGGUCUUAUUUCAUCUGCCAGCGCACUUGAGAAGUUGUCGCCAAUCCCAGAGCAUGACUUUAUUUGGCAGGGUACCUUUGAGGUACACAGGGGCGAAAAAAUCAGCAAUAUUCAUGGAGGCUAUCAAGCGCAUUUGUCAACCUGUGCAUCACCCAAAGUUCUCGAAGUAGUGAACAAGUUUCCUCAGAAUAUUAGCUUAGACGAAGUAUCCCGCUCAAGCAUGUGGCCGAGACAGUUCCAUGAAAAUGGCGCUACUGAAAAUAACAUUGCUCUGUACUUUUUUGCAAAGGACCUCGAUAGUUACAAGCACUACAAGGGAUUAUUGGAUAAUGCUAUUAAAAGAGAUUUGGCUUUCAAAGGAUACUUUGAUGGUGUUGAACUCUUGAUAUUCCCAUCUACUCAGCUACCUGAGGAUUCUCAGCGUUGGAACAUGAUGUUUUUCCUGUGGGGCGUGUUCAAGGGAAGGAGAUCAAGUUCUUAUGAUUGCAUAAGAAAGCCAGUUGUCCCCAGUCUGAAUUUGGUAGCUGAAGGUGAAGAUAAUGGGACUUCUGCAUCAGAUGAUUGCUGCAGUAUGGAUGUUUCAUCAAGUGAUUUGAACAAGAAUACAUGCUUGUCGGAAAAUGGGGUCAUAAAGGAGGGAAAAGCUGACUUUGCUGUUAAGUCAGAGCAGCUGGAUUGUAGAUUUGAUUUAAAUAACACGACAUGCAGUGUGUCCUCAAAUCAAGAAUCUGCCAACGCCAGUGCUACCCUGGUAGAUAUUGGUGAUUUAGAGUGCAGAGUGGAUAUGGAGGAAAAACCAUCUGUUCUGGUUUCCGAGUCCAAGAGUGGUUCCAAGCAGGAGGCACAGAAGCAUUCAGACGCUUCAGAUGUCCAAGAUGAUGUGUCUGCACUCAAGAAUGUUACUGUUGAAAAUCGAAAUUUAGGUGUGAGGGGCAACAUGCUUCAAGAGCCUGCAGUUGGCAGAACAGACGGUGCCAGUAGGGCUGGAGUUACUGUUAUCAGAGACUUGAAUGAAGACAUUACAGAUAUGGACAUAGAAACUUCAGAGGAGGGAGACUUCUUGUCUAAUAUUAGAAAAAGGCCGCUCUUGGAUCUUUCUGAGAUGCCGCCUCCAGAGAGUCCUGGUAGCACAGUUGGUAAAGGCAUGCCAUGGAAUGUGGUUCACACUGUGUUGGUAGACCGAGAAGGUGCUGCUAAGAAGCCAAAAUUGAGUGAUGAAGGACUUGAUGGGUAUGACAAUUCAAGAGACUGCAAUUCUAGGAGAGAUGAUGAGACGUCGAAAGCUACUGCUGAAAGGUACUUCUUUCCUGUGGAUUCACAUUCCAUUCUCUGGAAGGGAGGGUCGUCAGCAUCAAGACGCGAGGGCCAAUCUUCUUCGCCGAAUCUUGAGCUUGCUUUAGGGGGUGAGACAAAACUACCCCCAACUAAGGGAAUUCUGCCUUUCAUUGUCGGAAUGGUGGACAAGAAUACUACUGACAAGAACAAGCUACUGCCACCGCCACCAGCAGCAGCAGUUGAGAAAGUGAUGGCGGACAAAGAGCAGGAGGACGGUGUGUCUGCUUCCCUUUCUCUUUCUCUUUCAUUUCCGUUCCAGGACAAGGAACAAACUGUAAAACCUCCUGUUGUCCAAAAAACCGAGCAGCUUCUGCCUGAAAGGGCACCGUGUGAAUACCUGGCUGCUCCUUUUUGGACGCUUCGCUGA